CGUUUUUGAGCAGUGAGCAAGAACACAGCAUCUCCGGAUGGAGGAAUCGAAUCCUGAGUGAAGAGAAGAAAUAAAGCAAGAGAACAAGGUCAACAGAGAAAACACAUACCUAUAACGAUAUAUCUAUAACCCAGUAUACAUAUAUCACUAUACAGUAUGCCUGUUUUCCACAAGCACCGGUUCUGACUCUAGGAUAUCCUCCAGUGUGCUGUCCAUUUUUGUCUCGCCUCACUUGUGAUGUGAUGUGAUCAUGUAACGAAUAAGAAGACUCCAUUUUUUUCUGCCGUGAUUGAGACAUUUGACUUGUUCUCUUGUGCAAUCAAUCACUUGCUUUUCCUGUGUUUUAAAAGCCUGCCCACUUAUUGUGGGUCAGGACAUUUCUUAUAGAAGAUGAGCACGACCCUCUGUAUCAGUUUACAUUUCAUCCUGCUUGUAGCUUUCACAUCAUCUGAAUCAGCUAAUCAGACUGAAGUGGCUGUGACAAUGGAGGAAGAAGGGGUGGGGUCAUCAGGCAACCGUUGCUGGGGUUAUUAUGAUGUGAUGGGCCAGUGGGACCCUCCAUUUAACUGCAAUGCUGGCACUUAUCUGUUCUGCUGUGGCUCAUGCUACUAUCGCUUCUGUUGCCAGUUCAAAGGUCAUAGCCUAGAACAGACAAGUUGCUCUAAUUAUGACACACCUGCCUGGGCCAAUACAGGAAAACCUGCCAGUGGAAAUGAUGCCAACAAUGCUAAUGCCAAUGCCAUUACUAACACUAGCAAUGUGCCCAAGCCAGACCACACGCACAUGAUUGUAUAUGUGAUAUGCGGUGUGGUGGCCAUCAUGAUGCUUGGAGGAAUCUUUGCAAAAUUGGGUCUGGAGAGGAGCCGUGGAGGAGCUGGAGAUACUGGCAACACCAGAACACUGACAGAGCAGCUGAAGCUGCCCGGUGAGACAGAGUGCAUGGUUCGAGGGACAGGACAUCAUCCGGUCAGAUUGAAUGAAAUCUCUGGACACCUGAUCAGAACUAAUAAUGAACAUAUAACAGCCAGAGACCAUUAUAGGAGUUUCAAUCUGAUGGACAACACAUAUCGCCAGUCAUCACCUACGACUUUCCAGCCCAUUGCUUUCCAUUCCAAAGAAAAACCAUUCCUCCUUCCACCAGAGAUCCAUGCUCCUGUCUCAAACACCAUAACACCGUCCCAGAUACCCAAGUCCAAGAUCUCUAUUACCAACGAUCAUCCGCUGACCUCCAACUCAGCCUUUCAAACCUGGGAAUCAAGUAAAAGUCCUGCAAAGUUUCAUUUCUCUCUCACUGGCCAACAACAGCUAUCCGUGUCCCAGCCCAACAGCCGAGGUCAUGACUACAUAAACAAACUCCAGUUUAGAACAGAGACCCUGCCGGAACUGGUCUAUCAGCCAUUAGGUUAUGGACGUUCCCCACAGGCGCUUCCCAAACACAAGGGGCUUCACACAAACAGCAAGACAGAAGUGACUGUAUGAAAGAGAUGGAGCAGGGCAUAGAGGGAGAGGAGUAGAGAAAUGUGGAGGAAAAUCGGCACUAAUACUUGGAGCAUAGUAGCUUGGAAAAGGAAUAGGAGUUUAAAAAGCUGUAAUAAAAAACAUUUUUUCUCACUGCCUAAAGAGCCCCAGAUAGGCAGAGAAAGUAAUUUAUAUUCUGCUAAACAUGUGUGGCAUUUCCUGUUAGUAAAACAUUAUAUACCAAACAGGAUAGAUCUUGAGUCAGCAGAGAGUCUCUGUGAAAUCUGGGCUUUCCUUUUUACUCAAUUUUCCGCUCUGUCACUCAGUUGUCUGAUCCAGUAAAUGAAAUGUGGUAAACAUUAUGACCACAGUAGCAAUGCAUCUCAAUGUCUCCAAGUUCCUCACACAUGACUGGACCUGUGCUGUUAACUCUCAUUAACCUCCAACUAACACUGACAGAGGAAUCAUAAAAGUAGCUCUGGAGUUAUGGCUAACACCAGACCGAGGCUAGCAAGUGCCAUUUUAGCACAGAGAUGUAAAGCACUUUCAUAGAUGGAGUUCACACAACUAACAAAAUCUAUACUCUUAAUUCAGGUACUGCUGAUUUAAAGGCUUUAUCAUCAGGACUGAUGUUGUUGGGAUUAGUUGUGCGAGAUUGCUAUACAUUUGAUAGAUUUGGAUUAACAGUGUAAA